UCUUCACACAAACCUUCCUGCAUAGCCCGACACACGCUUCGAAGACUCGACCCUGAAGGAUACGUUACUAGAUAACAAAUCAACAAAAUGGUAAAGUCUCCAGUAAAGUUUCUGUGUCCCCGUGAAUCCCUCACACCGGGAGGACAACCCGCUGCUUCACGUUCAUGUCUCCCAGCUAGCUGAGCUGGGUGUCCUCACUGUAAGGAGGUUAGCUGGCUGGCUUCUCUUUGUGUGCUAGCUGCACGCAAGAUAAUUAUAACACGCUGAAAUAUUGAUGACAUUUUUAGUUCUGUGACGAGUGUGUGUGUUUUGGCGCUUGGAAGUUUAUCGUACGCAGGAAGUAAGACAGCUAAAAUGGUGCGUUAUUCAAUCUGAUGCUAGCGCCUGACUGAUCAGCCAGCUUGACGCAAAAAUAAACAAUUCCAAGGUGUCACAUUUGUGUAAUGACGUUGUCCCUCUUUCUCCUGGACCCACUUUCCCUCACUAAGAUCCCGGAGUUGUCCAACCCCUCGGUGUGCAUGAAGGACCCGGAGAGGGUGCAGGCGAUCCUGGAGUCCAUGGUGAAGGCUGGCUCCAACACCGUGCAGGUGAUCUCAGAUUUUGACAUGACCCUAACACGGUUUGCACACAACGGCAAAAGGUGCCCGACGUGUCACAAUAUUCUCGACAACAGCAUGCUUAUCACUGAGGACUGCAAAGUAAAGCUGAAGAACCUGCUCGACAAAUACUACCCCAUAGAGAUAGAUUCUACACGGUCAAUAGCCGAGAAGUUGCCCCUCAUGGUGGAGUGGUGGACUCAAGCUCAUGAACUCCUCGUACAGCAGGAGAUCAGGAAAGACAAGUUGGCCAUUGUGGUGCAGCAGUCUGAGGCCAUGCUGAGGGAGGACUUCCAGCUCUUCUUCGAUCACCUGCAUGAGCACAGCAUCCCUCUGCUCAUCUUCUCUGCUGGAAUAGGAGACGUCCUGGAGGAGGUGAUUCGCCAGGCCGGGGUCUUCCACCCCAACGUCAAAGUUUUCUCCAACUACAUGGACUUCGAUGAAUGUGGAGUACUGAAAGCCUUCAAGGGAGUGCUGAUCCACAUCUACAAUAAAAGGGAAGGCGCUCUGCUCAACACCGGCCACUUCGAGGAGCUGCGGGCGCGGCCUAAUGUGGUGCUGAUGGGGGACUCACUGGGAGAUCUGACCAUGGCUGACGGGGUGCAGGACAUGGAGAACAUCCUCAAGAUCGGGUUCCUCAACGACAAGGUGGACGAGAGGAAGCAGUCAUACUUGGACUCAUAUGACAUUGUGCUGAUAAAAGAUGAAACCCUGGUGGUUCCUAAUGCUCUCCUGCUCUACCUCACUGGCAAAGUGAACUAAGCAUUUGUUGUCCUCUGGCCAGCGGGGGGGGGCUCUCUGGUGCCAUAAGAUGAAGAAGCCCAUCUCCAGAUGUUAUCGACAAACCAGCUAAGAAUGGUUAUAGUGUUUUUUACUUUAAAGGUGACACACUUUUGUGAACGAGUCUGAGAUACCACAUAUCGCUGUACAAGUCCAGUUGACUUCCACAGCUCACAAACACCACGUCCCUCCUUAUAUUCUUGUCCUUCCUCUCGUGUUUGUGGUUGUACUCCUUGUCUACCAUAAUGUUUGUAUAUGGUGGAAGCCAGGAUUGCACUGUCUACGCACGUUUAGUGUGGGGUUUGGUGAUGGGUGCUGUUUUCUACUUGUUUGAGUAACGAUUGGUUAUCAGACUGUUCUGGUUUUCAUAUAGGAAAUAAGGGAAAGAAAAACAUACACAACAGUGUUAAACUUCUGGCUUGAAAUCGGUUUACAGCUUCCUGCAAUAAAACUAUUUUCAGCUCAUUUUAACCUGAAACUUGAUGCUUUUUAUAGGAGAUAUUCCAUGUGUUGUCUCAGCCACGUCUUCUUGUAGUCAAACGUACUACUAGGUUGUAAUUUUCAAUAAAUCCUUGUAUCUUUUAGGGCUGCAGCUAACGACUAUUCUGAUAGUUGUUUAAUUAUCGAUUAUUGAAACGAUUAUGAAUGACACACUCAAAAUUUAAUAUCUGAGUUCAGUUAUUAUUUGUGAGAACUAACUGCUACCUCCAGAAGAGCGUGAAACAUUUUAUGGGGAUUCACAUGAUUUCACCUUUUAUACUGUAAAACAAAAAGUCAAAUUUUUGCAGUCCAACAAAAACUUUCUUUAAACCGUUUAACAUUUUACAGUUGAGAACACAACACUGAACAAACACAGACUUUGUUUUCUGUCAUUUGUGCCAUGAGUCUUGGGUUCUUUUGUCCAAACUCAUUUCCUUGGCAGAUGUUGCAACUUGAAAUAAAAUGUUAUUUCAUCUG